AUGGUGUCUUCAAUAUGUCAACGCCUCCUUAAUAAACAAUGGAAAUUGUACGAACUUGAGAAUGUACCCAGCAUACAGGGUAUUUACCUGAUCGGAGUUACUGUUCCUCUACAAGACCCCAAGGUCCUUUAUGUGGGUCGUAGCAAUGACGUACACCGGAGGAUGGGAGAGCAUAAAAGAAAAGAUUUGGCAAUCGACGAGUAUGUCAAAGAACAGUUUGCAUUCAAUGAUGGCGAAGAUCUUCGAAUAAAGUGGGUUCGCGAAAUAAAUAGCGAUCACAGAGAAAGCGAAUUCCGUGAAUGUAUUGCAAAAAAACUUGGGUACUGGCCAAAGUACAACAUCCAAGAUUAG